UUGUCAACACUUGGUCUGCUUCAGCUCACCAACAAAACCACUAUCAGUCCUUCCCCAAACCGCCAGAAAAAAAAAAAAUAAAAAGAAAUAAAAAAAUUAAGAAUUCACGACCAAAGCUUGAUCGUUAGCUCUACCCCUACGACUACAAGAUUUGUUAUUGUUUCAGGGAUAGAUCCGAUGAACUCAAAUCCUCAGAGUUGGAAUACGUGGAACUGAUUGAUUGAUUGGUUGGUAGGAAGAGAAGUCAAGUCAACUGAAACAAAUGCCGGAGGAGGAUUUGGUUGAUAUAAAAUUUAGACUGUACGAUGGGUCCGAUAUUGGUCCUUUCCGUUACACGGCAACGUCAACCGUCGACAUGCUUAAGCAGAGAAUCGUUUCUGAUUGGCCCAAAGGUAAGACAAUUGUUCCCAAGGCAGUGAAUGAAGUCAAAUUGAUAAGCUCUGGUAAAAUUUUGGAGAAUAACAAGACUGUUGGCCAGUGUAAAGUACCUUUCGGUGAUGUACCUGGAGGGUUCCUUAUAAUGCAUGUUGUUGUACAGCCAUCUCUAGCAAAAACAAAAACAGUACAUUUCUAAGCAUCAAGAAUUGUUUGGGAUCUGUUGGUAACUACUGUUGCUGAUAUAGUUGGACUUAAUUUGCCUUCAGUAUUUUGGAGGUAAAAAGCCUCUCAAACCAGGGUUUGUCAUUGGUUGACAGAUGCUUGGUCCCUAUUUGCUGGCUUCUAUUUUUACAUUUUAAAUUGACUGGGCUGCAAAAUUCAUCCUGUACUUCGUUUGGCUUGUUGCUGAAUCUUUCCUAUUCUGAUAUAUUCUAAUGAUGGCUGUGUGCGCAGAAAAGAAGAUUGAUGAUUCACCAAGGAAAAUUGUCUGCUCAUGCUCCAUAUUGUGAAGGAAAAAAAAAUAGAUCAAUGAUUCACCAAG